AUGGUCAAGCAACUGACCCUCGUCUUCCCAACGGCAACUUACCUUCCGACCUCCGACGACCUCCAUGAAGCUUCUCUUGUCUGCGCCAUGCACCCUACUGGCAUUGCCGUUCCCCUCGCCACUUCGGAUUACAGCGUCGACCCUUACCAGUGCUCCUACGGAGACGCCGGUGCGUGCACGUACGACCAGACGUCGGGGUUCCUUGUCGGAGAUGACAAUGCUGAUUUUUGUCCCGCCCAAGGGGACUUCGAUUGCGCGCCCGCUCGUCGAAGGAACGCCAGGAGCCCCCUUCCAAGGUCUCCUAGACCAGCCUCCCCUGCCGCCAGCGAACCGAAGCCGCAGGUAAUGAAGGUUCGGGCGAAGCUUGGAGGGAAGAGGAAGCAGGUUGUCCGGAAAUAA